AUGGCAGCGAUGGAUGGAAACACGUUUUCCCCACUGGCUAUCUUUUUUCUAUUUGUUUUUGAGAUGGAGUCCAUUGUUUCCCUCUUAGGGAAUGGAUUCAUCAUGGUUGUGAACGGCUAUGGCUGGCUGCAAAGCAAGAAGAUGCUCCCUUGUGAUUUCCUACUGACCACUCUGAGCCUCUCCAGAUUUCUUCGGCAGUGGGUUUCCAUGAGCAGCCAAUUUGUGUAUUUUAGCUCUUCAGACGUAUAUAGUAAAAAACUGCAGUUACUCAUCUUCUCAUGGAUAUAUUUGAACAUAGCCAGCCUCUGGUGUGUCACGUGGCUCAAUGUCUUCUACUGUGUGAAGGUGACCAACUUUGCUCAUCCUCUCUUUGCACGGUUGAAGCUAAGAAUUGGGGCGUGGAUGCCCAGAUGCCUUGGAAUAUCCCUCCUGGCUUUCAUAAUCUGCUCUGUUCAUCCAGUCAUGAGGUGUUUUGAAGAUGAAAAAUGCCGCAAUCUCACAGGAAACUUGCCAGAGAAAACCAGCGAAAGUGGGGCUCAAGGCAAUUUUGCAGUUUCAUUAUUACAGAUUGCUUUUACUGCCAUCAGUUUCGGCCUAUGUGUAUCUGCUUCUGUUCUUUUGCUUGUCUCUUUGUGGAAGCACACAAGGAACCUGAAGAAGAGCGGCCUCAGCACCAAGGACCUCGGCACUCAGGCCCACCUCAAGGUCAUCAAGCCUCUGCUCUUCUUGCUCGUCUUCUACAUUUUACAUUUUGCUGCCAUGAUCAUUGCCUUUACUAACAUUCUCUGGUUUGGAAAACAUGCGUGGCUUAUUUCUGACAUCGUCCUGUCUUUCUAUCCUUCUGUACACUCAGUCAUACUGAUAUUCACCAAUCCGAAACUGAAAAAAGCAUACAUCCACAUUAUAAACUUCAGAAGAAGGGCUUCCUAA